AUGGAUCGAUCCUCCCAGGACCCCGAGAAGGCGGGCUUCGAGCACGCCGACGAUAUCAGGACCAGUUCCCUCAAUGAAUCCCAAGAUAUCGAUAUCGAUGCCGGCUUCACGCCCGAGGAGCAACGCAAGAUCAUCCGCCGUAUCGAUCGCAGACUCGUCGUCACCGUGGGCGCCAUGUACUGCGUCUCGCUGAUGGACCGGACGAACCUGUCAGCCGCUGCUAUUGCGGGCAUGACCAAGGAGCUGUCUCUUCAGAUUGACAACAGAUAUGGCAUCGCCUCUCUUCUCUUUUUCAUCCCGUACAUCAUCUUCCAGCCGCCCUCGACCAUUGUCGUCCGCAAGAUCGGUCCCCGUCUUCACCUCGGCGGCCUCACCCUCUUGUGGGGUGGCGUCAUGAUUGGAAUGGGGUUCUCGCGCAAGUACACCCAUCUGUAUGCCUGUAGAAUUCUGCUCGGCGUUCUCGAGGCCGGUUUCUUCCCCAGCUGCGUCUACCUCCUCAGCACAUGGUACACUAGAUACGAGGUCGGCAAGCGAUACUCCGUCUUCUACCUCCUCGGCUGCGUUGCGUCUGCUUUCGCUGGAAUUUUGGCCUAUGGUUUGAUGCAGAUGAACGGGCAGCAGGGCCUCACAGGUUGGAGAUGGAUUUUCAUCAUAGAAGUUGAGUACUCGAUCGCUCCCUGGCCUCCGUGUGAAGUGCUAAUAUUGUUGGAUAUAGGUGUGUUGACGUGCGUGCUUGGUCUCGCGGGCUACUGGCUGCUUGUCGACUUCCCCGACUCCAAGCGCAAGGACUGGAGCUUCCUCGGCGAGCGCGAGCGGGCGUGGAUCGUCGCGCGCGUGAACCGUGACCGUGGUGAUGCACACAUGCCGGCCUUCAACCUGCGGAGAUUUCUCAGCGCCGGCGCCGACUGGCGGAUCUGGGCAUACGCCAUGAUCUUCUUCAACACGACGACGGUCUCGUACGCGCUCGCCUACUUCCUUCCCAUCAUCCUGCAGAUCAACAUGGGCUUCGACGUCGGCGCCGCGCAGUGCCUUGUCGCACCGCCUUAUGCCUUUGCUGGUUUUAUCAUGUUUGGAACUGCCUGGCUCGGCGACAAGAUGAAGUUCCGUGGCCCUGUCAUCCUCAUCAACAUGCUCUUCUGUAUCGUCGGCCUGCCCAUCAUGGGCUUCCACUCGAGCGCGGCGGUGCGCUACUUUGGCGUCUUCCUGACGACGGCAGGCGCCAACUCCAACGUGCCUGCCGUCAUGGCCUACCAGGCGAACAACAUCCGUGGCCAGUGGAAGAGGGCCUUCUGCAGCGCGACCCUGGUCUCGUUCGGUGGCAUCGGUGGCAUCGCCGGCAGCUUGCUGUUCCGUGAGCAGGACAAGCCUCAUUACCGUCCGGGCAUGUACGCCUGUAUCGCCUGCAGCUUGUUGACCGUCAUCCUGGUUUCCUUGUUAACCCUCGACGCCUACUUCAAGAACAAGAAGGCCGACCGGGGCGAGACGGAGCUCGAGGCUGAUGAUGAGGGCGCUCAGAGAGGCUUCCGGUACACCUACUAG